CGGUCCAGUAAUGAGCACAUUCUGAGCAUCAUAUGGCUUAAGACAAUACAAGAUCCAUUUCUUUAUACAUGUCUUUAAACCAAAAAGACAAAGGGGCUGGGAGGGAACCAGAUCCUUCGCAUUUUCUUAUCUUUUCACCACAGUCUUCCGGGGAAGGAGCUUCACCUCUACAUCACAGCGGGAGCGCAGAAAGGGAACAGAGAGGAGCAGAAGCACUGGGAAAAUGCAGUGCCAGAUAGGUCUUGUUAGGUGCAUGACUGAGGAAAUGCUGUAUUUUUGUAUUUAGAGCAUGAUUUAGACAGGAAACCUUGUUCUCUUCCACAGCUUUAGGCUCCUACUGGUCAACAAUUACCCUCUGGUAUAUCAUCAUUUUUGUGUGCCGGUGCAGUACGUUGUUGGGGAGGGGGAGAGCGAUGCAAUGUCUGAUUGAGUGUAUCAAUGCUGCUGCUGUGUGGGUCUGUGUGGCUGUGGGAGAAAAAAAAAAUUGGGCCUUGUUUGCCUCCGGAUCUCCACGCACGGAAAGCGGAGGACGGAUGUGAGCUGCUGCCCAGCAGGGCCGUGUGGGGAGCAAGGGAGAAGCACACCAUCUGCAUGCUCGUGGGAAGAAGCAAGCAUAAUAAAGGCAUCCAUUACCCCAGGCCUGGCACUGACCGUGAGGAGCUAUAACGCAGGAAUGAGGGCCCGAUGAGUUUGGUUGCUUCCCCUUAUUUUGACUGGACUUUAAAGGAGCCUUCCCCCUUCUUCGCUUUAUGCUGAUGAGCUACUUGAAGGUUGGGAAGUGAAAUCAUUUUAGCAUUUCUAAUACUAUCACAGUCUUCCUUUACUGCUAUUUUCUGGGUUUCCUUGAGAUUCUGAGGAUUUGCCAAAACCUGUUACAUGCAUGUCCACUGGAGGCAGGUUUGACUUUGAUGAUGGGGGGUCGUACUGUGGAGGGUGGGAGCAGGGUAAGGCUCAUGGCCGAGGGGUCUGCACAGGGCCUCAGGGCCAGGGGGAAUAUGCAGGGGCCUGGAGCCAUGGGUUUGAGGUUCUUGGAGUGUAUACAUGGCCUAGUGGGAACAGUUACCAAGGAACCUGGGCACAGGGCAAGAGGCAUGGAAUUGGUGUGGAGACGAAAGGGAGGUGGAAGUACAAAGGGGAGUGGACACAAGGAUUCAAAGGGCGCUAUGGGAGGCUGGAGAGCACCAGCAGUGGGGCUCGUUAUGAAGGAACUUGGAGCAACGGAUUACAGGAUGGUUAUGGCUCUGAGACUUACUCUGAUGGAGGCACAUACCAGGGACAGUGGUUAAGUGGCAUGCGACAUGGCUAUGGGGUGCGGCAGAGUGUGCCUUAUGGCAUGGCUGCAGUCAUCUUUUCCCCUCUACGCACCUCCAUAAACUCCCUGCGCUCGGAACACAGUGAGGGAGCCCCGACGCCUGAAGAUGGCCCCGCCAUGAGUGGGGCAGCUGGGAGCCCAGUGGGACGUGGAGGCUUCGUGCUUUGCGCCCAGAGUGAUGUGGACAGGCAGAGAAAGCGGAAGGGCCGUUUCCGGCAGUCCAUCCUGAGUGGCCUGAAGCUGCGGCGCUCUGAAUCCAAGAGCUCCCUGGCUAGCCAGCUAAGCAAGCAGAGCUCCUUCUGCAGUGAGGCAGGCAUGAGUACGGUAAGCUCGGCCGCAUCCGACAUCAACUCCAACGUCAGCCUAGGGGAGGCGGAGGCAGGAGGCAGUGUGGAUGCCACAGUCACCGAGACGUACGUGGGGGAAUGGAGGAACGACAUGCGAGCAGGGUGGGGCGUCAGCCACCGCUCGGACGGGCUGCGCUAUGAGGGCGAGUGGGUCGGGAACAAGCGGCACGGCUAUGGCUGCACCACUUUCCCAGAUGGGACCAAGGAGGAAGGCAAGUACAAGCAGAAUGUUCUGGUGAGUGGCAAGCGGAAAAAUCUAAUACCUCUGCGCACCAGCAAAAUCCGGGAGAAGGUGGACCGUGCUGUUGAGGCUGCUGAGAAGGCUGCGGAAAUCGCUAGGCAGAAGUCCGAGAUUGCAUUGUCAAGAUCAAGCCAUGCCCGUGGAAAAGCUGAGGCAGCAGAGGAUGUUGCACUGAGGGCCCUGGAAGAGUGUCGUCUCGCCCGGAUUAUUGCCAAAGAACUCUCUCCCUCCUUCCAUCAUUAUGGAAAUGGACUGGAGUGCCAGAGACCAAAGCGUCAGGAAAGAAAAGAGAAAGACAUGGAAGUGAUCUCCACUGGAACUGACAGCCCUGAGCUCUGCACACCAGACACAACUCCCCCAGCCCAGACCCCAGACCUGAGUCCUGCCCUGAGCAGCCCUUCCACACCACCCUGCAGCCCACCUUCUCACCGUGCCAGGAGCACCUGCUUCAUGCGCCAGAGUGCCAUGGAUGAACAGGGAGGGGCUGAGAUUCAGGUCUUGGUUGAAGGAAGAGGCUUGGACAAUGGAAGAGGCAGCACCAACAGCUGGACUACUGACAUGUAUCCCAACAGGCGGGGGAGCAAGGGAGAAAGUAGCCGCUCCACCACUCCAUCCCUGCUGGAGGAAGAGAUCAGCCACAUCAAUGGACAUGACCAAAACUCCUCCACUCACCACUCAUGGGAGAAUGGCUCUUCAAAUCACAAGUCCAAUGAGCGUGUCUCCUCAGAUAAGGGAUGGGAUCAUGUGCCACCCUGUCAAAAGCCCUGGAAGUAUGCAUCCUCAACUUACAAGUCCAGGGAACAUACAGUCUCUAAUCAUAGAGAAUGGGAACAUAUUCCAUCCAGUCACAACUCUGUGGACCACAACUCUUCCAAGCUUAAACCACAGGUGCACACAUAUUCCAAUCACAGGGCCUUGGGUCGUAAUUUAUCCAAUCACAAAACCCAUGAUCAUUCUUCCUCCAGUCACAGGCCAAAAGAAUAUAUCUCCACACAGGCAAAACCACAAGACCGUGUAUCUUCCCAUUACAAUCCUCGAGAGCAUGUAUCUUCCUAUCGCAAGUCACACGAGCAUGUCCACUCCCAUCAUAAACUAAAUCAGUCCUUAAACAAUCAUACAGUUGGUGAAUCAAGCUUGAAUGACUACCAGCCACCAGAGCAUGGAGUCAACAGCUCCACUUUGGGAUGGACUGUUGAGAACUCUUCCCAUUGGAUCCCCUGCCACACAGAGCUGCCAGAGAAGGAGGACGAAAAGCUGGACGACUACCGGGUUGAAAUGAGGUUCCAGCCCUUAGACUCCAUUUCCCAGCAACACUUUGGCUCGGGCACAGAAUGCCCGAGUCUCCAAGGGCACAAUUCACAGAGACUGCGUCUGCGGAACCAUGAAGGCAAAGAGUGGAGCCUGGCAGCCAGGGAAGGGUCCAUGGACUCUGUGCAGAUGCUGGACAGCCUGAAUGUCGGGGUAGAUUUGGAAGAGUGGCCUUUGCACAGGGACGUAACCCUUUCGCCCCCUUUAACAUCUUCUCCGAUCACGCUGGAACAGGAUGGCGAGCAUCUGAACCUGAUCAAAACCAACUCAGGCUCCAGCUCAGUCCUGGUUGUCAUGGUGAUUUUACUCAACAUUGGUGUAGCCAUUUUGUUUAUUCAUUUCUUUAUUUAAACAUAAUGGCCUAGAGAAUGUUACUAACAGCACUUACUAUUAACAAAAAGUAAGAUAUGCACAUGAUGCACAUUUAGCACCACUUCUUUAUGUAAGGAACCCAGAAUUUACGUUGGUCACACCCAUGUACAUUGGACAAGUCCAUGUAAACUGUAAGCUUAUUUUACGGUUCCAUUAAUUAUAUAUUUCUAUUAUUAUCCAUUAGGUAUCUUUGCUUACUUUUUCCUUAUCCAUAAUAAAGGCCCAUCCACAGUAUUAUUUAGGACUAAAAAUAAUAUUGCACAUAUUUAGGUUUUAAAGAUACAAUAUUUGCCUGAUAUAAUUUGCCUCAUAUCUUUCAGCUCUUACAAAGCUAUUUCUUUCCUUUUCACGGCACAUCAGGCCUGAUUCUUUUCUGAGCAGUAAGAUCGUGUAGUUUAGUGAGAUGGUCUUGUGGUCUUAUGUACAAUGAUGUUGUAGCGCAUGUGAGGUCUAGUGCAAAAGGCACUGAUAUGUAACUAGCCAGUCCAAGACUACACACCCCCACUAAUAUCCCAGGGUACAGCCCUACAAAAACGCUGCAAUCGCUCAUAAGUUUAUGCAUCUAAAACCUCUCAUAUCCAUAACCAGAUUUUGCAUACUCUGUAAGUCAGAGGUAAGAGCUAUCUUAAAGGGCUUCAUCAUGAUAUAUUUUCAUCAGAACCGAGACACACACAUGCACAGUGAAUGGGAUAAGCUUGUAGCUGUCAUGUUCACUGAUAUGAUCCCCUUUAGCAUUGUCACUGAAUGUCAGCACAAUUCCCUCAGUCGCUUAGUUUUACUUCACAGUAUACACAAGUUCACUAGAUAUACACUACUAUGCUGAACUCGCUACUAAAGAAAAUAAGUUUCUUUGUAAAACACAUCAUACUUGCUAUAUGACAUGAACCACAACAGAGGUACAUCGGUGAUUGAGUGUUAUGCUCUGUAAAAUUUGAGACUGUUACCUUUUGACCACUGCUUUCAAUAUAUAUAUUCUGUAUUACCGAAUUAGUAUCUUUUAACAGUCUGCAAGAUAUAAUUGAUAAUGCUGAGUGCCUUUUUAAUUAAAAAAAAUCAUCCCAGCAAGCAGGCUUUGUAUAGGUGACAAUGCAUACAGAAGUCAUACAAGGAGGCAUGGAACAGUCUGUCUCUAUCCCAACCCAUGUUUGAUCCGAUUGAGUUGGCUUUCGAACACUGAGCCUGUGGAGAUUUUUACAGCAUGUUUGUUGGCCUGUUUUAUUCUGCUGUUAAUCUGUGUGAAUUUCUGCCUGUCUCUCUGUCCAGCAACUUUAGGUGACAAUAGGGACUGAAAGCAGUGUAAAAAAAUGCCAGCUUACGUUACUCAGUGGGACCUGACUGAAAUCGUCUAAAUUAAUGAAUGAUAAACUGCUACUGUAUAUUUUAUACUACUCAUCCAGUGACAUCUUCAUGUUGUGAAAUCAUUGCAUGCCCGCGCAUGCCUUUUCUUACGCAAUGAUUUAUGAGGUUGUUUCCAAGUUAUGUGGAAAAAUUAAUAAAAUGUUUGAGGUUA